AUGUCGGACCAUGUGGCUGUCGAGGAAAAUGUGCAAGAGGUCAUGUCAAAAACAGAGCACGUAGUGCCUUCCCCUCAUGAGUCACAACACUCCUAUGAUUCUGAAGAUCAAGACUCAGAAGUCGACCAUGAGCCCAUCCAAGAACGCUAUGGAAACCCUUCAUACUCUAGAUUCCGCCGAGUGGCCUCCAAAACGAUUGUGUCAUUCGGGCCCAAUGACCCAGAAAACCCCGUCAACUGGAGAACGAGGAGGAAGUUCCUUGUUCUCACAGCUGGUGUCAUGCAGGUAAUGAACAGUACUAUCGGCUCGUCAAUCUGUAGCAACGCCAUCCCCCAAAUCGCCGAAGAGUUCGACAUCACCAACCAAACAAUCCUCGUCUUGCCCAUCUCCAUCUUUCUCAUCGGCUAUAUUUUAGGGCCAUUGCUAUGGGGUCCUAGUUCCGAGUACUUUGGUCGGAAGCCCCCUUUGCUCAUCGCUUUUGUUCUAUUCAUGAUAUUCACUCUGGCGUGCGCUGUCGCAGAUUCAUAUGCAUCCCUGCUUGUCUUCCGAUUAUUCAAUGGCAUGGUUGCGUCGGCGCCUAUCGCUACUGUCGGCGGACUCUUUGCCGAUGUACACGACGAUCCCACACUGCGAGGCCGUCUGAUGGCUUAUUUCAUGGCUUGUACAACCUUCGGGCCAAUCAUCGGACCCUGGGUAUCUGGCUUCGUGGCGGUUGUCAGUUGGCGUUGGUGCUUUUGGAUUGGACUCAUUCUAUCAGGCGCUACCUUGCCAUUGAUUAUCUUCAUGCCUGAAACAUAUGCCCCGGUCAUCCUGAAGCGUCGUGCCCACAAGCUACGCAAAGACACCGGCAAUUCAAGCAUUGUAUCGCCGUUGGACGUUCAGAGUCGCAAUCUGCGAGAAAUGCUUCUUGUCACGAUCUCACGACCCUUCCGCAUGAUUAUUCACGAGUACAUCGUUUCUCUAACUUCAUUGUAUCUUGCUCUGGCAUAUGCAAUCUUCUACCUCUACUUCGAGGCAUAUCCAAUCAUCUUCCAAGAUAUCUACAAAAUGAGCCCUGGUGUGUCUGGCUUGAUGUUUCUACCUACCCGAGCGAAGGCCCGCAAUGCCAGCUGGGCCUUUAUCGAGGAAUACCGCAGACUCCCUCUCGCCUGCAUCGGCGGACCCCUAUACGUGAUCUCCCUCUUCUGGGUAGGCUGGACAGCCUCACCAAACAUCCACUGGGUCGUACCCUUCCUCUCCGGCAUCCCGUUCGGAAUGGGCUACCUGUUAAUCUUCAUGGCUAUGCUGAACUACCUGACCGAUGCCUACGAGACCCUCUCCGCCAGCGCGCAGUCCGCCGCAAGCUGCACGCGAAGUAUUCUUGGUGCUGUACUCCCGCUCGCGGCUAAGCCGAUGUUCAACCGGCUCGGCGUGCCUUGGGCUUGCAGUCUGAUUGCCUUCCUCAGUUUGGGCGUCUCUGUUAUCCCGUUCGCUUUUAUUCGCUACGGUGACCGCAUCAGAGCUAACAGCAAGUUCUGUCAGGAGCUCAAGCGUAUCAAGGAGGAUGAGCGGUUGGAGUGCGAGAGAGAGGAGCGACUCGCGAAUGGUGAUGAUACACUCGAGCCUAUCCCUUCCCGUAAUACUGGGGUUUCGAUGACUAGGAUCGAUACUGCUCGAACGGAUAAAGCGUCGAUUAUUUGUUGA